UUGUUUACCCUACAGACUACAGUUCCCCAAGUCGGAAACCCUUGAAACCCUCUCUUGAAUUUUGUUCGAACCCAAUCAUUAAACUAAUGGCUAUACUAUCUGAAUACGAAGAAGAAGAUCAAAAGAAGCCGACGACUUCGUCAGUUAAAAAGGUGCAGUUUAACGGCGUGCUUGAUCCAUCGGACCCGAUUGGAUUUUUGGAGAGGGUUUUUGAGUUCGUGGCAAGGGAGAGUGAUUUGUUCAAGAGCGAUUCAUUGGUGAAUGAUGUGAAUGCUGUGGUUCGGAUGGUUAAGGACAAAGUGGAGGCCGAGGAGAAGAAGAGGACAAAGGAAUUGAAGGCCAAAGAGAAUGUAAAGGCCGAAAAGAAAGCAAAGGAGGAGGAGCCAGUUGCUGCCGCGGUUCAAACGGAGGUGGUGAAGGAAACGGUGGCAGAGAAAAAGGUGGAUGGAGAAGCUGAGACCAAAGAGGAGGAGAAAAAAGGGCCUCGAGCUCCUAACAGAGGAAAUGGUUUGGAUAUGGAGAACUAUUCUUGGGGUCAAUCAUUGCAAGAGGUUAACAUCAUUGUUCCUGUUCCUUCUGGAACAAAGUCAAGGUUCAUUGCAUGUGAAAUAAAAAAGAAUUAUCUAAAAGUUGGGCUUAAAGGCCAACCUCCUGUCAUCGAUGGGGAACUUUUUCAGCCUGUGAAGGUCGAUGACUGCUUUUGGAGCUUAGAGGAUCAGAAAUCUAUCUCUAUACUGCUAACAAAACAGAACCAGAUGGAAUGGUGGAAAUAUUUGGUGAAGGGUGAGCCCGAGGUUGAUACCCAGAAAGUAGAACCUGAAAACAGCAAACUGUCAGAUCUGGAUCCUGAAACCCGUACAACUGUGGAAAAAAUGAUGUUUGACCAAAGACAGAAAUCCAUGGGCCUUCCUACAAGUGAUGAGAUGCAGAAACAAGAGAUUAUGAAGAAGUUUAUGGCUGAGCACCCUGAAAUGGACUUCUCAAGGGCAAAGAUCAAUUAACAUCGUUGGAUAUACUUACUGGAGAACUCAUCUUACUUUUGUUGUGCCAUAUUUUUAUGAGCUUUUUUCCAGUGUUGUAUGUGAAGGGCUUCUUUGAUUACCGACUUGAAAUUUAAGCUUGUUGUGACUAAAAAGAUGGGUUCUUUGCUAUUAGAUAGGUUUCUAAUGUAUCAAUGCGUGCUUUCCCAUGGCCUUGAAUGUUAAAUCAGUUGGAUGAAUGUUAAAGAGCAGUUUGGCUCCCAUUAAAAAUAUAAUUUAUUUUUCUAAUCAA